AUGCCGUUUAGCAAAUUCAUCCAGGAUCUCUUCCCCGUCGGACACCACCAUGUUCUUAGCAACGCUAAUAGCGAGCUUUUUGUGGAUAUGAAGUCGGAGCUGAAGGCUUCAAGGAUCAGAAAACGACUCGGAGUUACCAUCAUAGCCACUUCAGAUAUUAGGGACCACCUACAUCUAGACAGAAGACGGAAUGUUCUCGAGGUCUACCACCACGCUGCGUUUCUCAAGGAGCAGUUGAGGGUGACAAAGGAUUCACCUGACCGUUCGAGCCCAUCGUCAUCCAUCAAAAGAGGGGCGCUACCGCGACAGUUGGUUCUCGAAGUUCUAGACUCUCUUCAAGGCGUGCUAUUCCCGCUGGCGGACCCGAAAUCAAAGAGGCUCCUCCAAUCGUUGGUUUCCACUGACUCAUUCGACCCGGACAUCCUCAACUUCGAGUUCAGCUCGAUAAGGCGGAUGGGCGAAGAGAACAUCCCCUAUGUCUACCUGGCCGACAGGCUUUCGGGUCUGUAUAAUGAGCUUCAGAGCCCCCGACCGCGUGGUAGGCUUGAACAGAAGGUCGAGAGGAAGAGCGGCGCCAGAUAUAUGAUGAUGGCCACAUUGAUAGGAGUCUUGAUGGCCGUGUUCCUGGGAAUGGCGUCGCUUGCGGUGAGCUCGUAUCAGACCUGGAUUGCAUAUCAGGCGUGGAAGUAUCCCGUUGUGCCACCCAGUCACUGA